GUUGCGGUACGCACGUGUCUACACCGCCACGCGAAUUCGACAAUUCGAAAAUUUAAACCGAAACUUCAAGAUAGAUACAUGAAAUGUGCAAAGUGCGUGAUGUGUGACUGUUCAGUGACGGACUAUGGAAUGCGCAGUGUUUUCUCAUUAGGAAUCUACGGUUCCUUAAAUGGCAGACGGCCGAUGUAAACACGAAGCCGAAAUGAGAUGAGUAUGCGCGUGGCUUGGGCCAGAUGGUACUGGAUUGUGAUCUUCACGACGUGCGCCGCGAGGACUGGCAGCGACUGGCUGGACUGCGUCCACAUUGCCUCCUGUACCUGCAAGUGGUCCUCGGGCAAGAAGACUGCCCUCUGCGCCUCCAGUGACCUGCGCCGCCCGCCAGCUCUCUCAUCAGACAUCCAAGUCCUCGAUCUCCACGACAACCCACUACGAAGUCUCCCUCAGGAAGUCUUCGCUAAUAUCGGCCUCUUAAAUUUACAAAAACUUAAUCUAAGAGCGACAAAACUACGGUCCAUUCAUGCAGAUGCAUUUUUAGAAUUAAGAAUAUUGAUAGAAGUCGAUUUAGGUGACAACGACCUCUCGAGCCUACCUAAGGACAUAUUCAGAGGCAACGAAAGACUGCGGUUAGUAGUACUAAGCAACAAUCCGUUGACGACGCUCGUCGCAGACCAAUUCCCAUCGCUCCCGCAUUUACGUAUGCUGCUGUUGGACGGCUGUAGACUAAGAUCGAUUCAUACAAACGCUUUGCGGAACUUGAAAUCUCUAGAGACGAUUGAUUUGCGUAGAAAUCAGCUUACAUUCCUGCGUUUGAUUACGUUCUCGUUGCCGGCGUUGAAAAUGAUCUCACUAUCUGGCAAUCCAUGGCGAUGCGAUUGUCGACUACGUGAGUUUAAGGAUUGGUUCUUAGAGAGCAAGUUAGGCAAUGAAGAAUUAGUUUGCGUAGAACCGUCUGCUCAAGCGGGAAAUAAAUGGAAAAACGUAGACAGUGAGAGUAUGGCAUGUCCUCCUGAAGUUCGAUCCAGUACUUUGGUCGUAAGAGCAGAAGUCGGAGUAGCCACUUCUUUUGGUUGCUGGGUCCAUGGAGUUCCAAAGCCAAAGGUGACAUGGUUAUACGACGGAACAGACGUGCAUAACAGUACUGUCGAUUGUGAGAUGGAAGAGGUGGAGACAGAAAUAGAAGACGAUUCCGAAGAUAGAGUACCUGGAAGUGUGAGAUGGGUGAAUAUUACACUACUAAAUGUGACGUCAAGCGCUGCCGGAGAAUGGACAUGUGUAGCUAAAAGUGUAUCUGGAGAAGCGCGGGCGAUCAUAAGUCUAGUCUUACCGAGAUCACAGACUGCAACAGCUCGUACUGCGCCAGGCAUUCCUCAACUUCUAGGAGUCGUCUUUGGUGCAUUAGGUAUUCUAGCAUCACUUGGGUUUAUAGGGGCUGUCGCCUGCUGGCAUAUGAGAAGACGAACAGUUCCCCCAAGUCGAAGUUUCACAGACCAAGAGAAACGGUUAAUAGAUGCAUCAGUAGUUGUUAGUUGUGACCGAUCCAUAGGCGAUAUGGCGUCGCCGUGUGACUUCGAACUGACUGAGAGAUCACUAUCAGUCGAUGACCAGCCAAGAGGAUGUGGGUUUGACCCAGUCCAUAUAACAAUUGAAGGCACACCAGGCGCAUUUCCACCACCUCCGGCAGAGUUUGCAGUUCCAGUUCCUUACGGAAACAUCUUCAUAUCAGUGCAGGUGGCUGGAAGAGGAGGGGAACCGGGGACGUAUCCUGAUCUGCUGAGUGGAGGAGCAACAUUGCCGCGCCGAAAUAGAAAUUGCUGCGCUGGUGCUCCUGCUUACGACAACAUGGGGCCUAGAGUGACAGCUGCAGGCAGCUCUACUUGGUCGUUGCCAGGCGCCAGUUCUGAGAACAUUGAAGUAUCUGAGACCCCUGUCUUGACCCUGCCACCUCCGCCGCCGGAGUUCGUCUCCCUUUAGCCCAGGCCCCUGGUACUGGACCCCUCAAAUCUGAGGUGACCUGGUACCACCCUCACUUUCGAGUCAAUUAGACUAUCCCAAUUUAAUUAUACCUAUCUAUAAUUUUGAAGUGAUUGUUAAUUUAAUUGUAAAUACUAAGUGUAAGUUGGACGAUGUGUGACAUCUGUGAGAUAUAAAUACGUAAGGUUGUUAUGAAUAUUAAAAAUUUAAACUGUAUCAUACAAUAUUUAGUAGAUAAGAAACUUGUUAAUCGUACGUUGGGAUAUUGAAGUGAGAAUGAUAGUCUCUACCAAAUUUUAGUUUCCUAGAUAUUUCCUUUUCAGUCUUUUGCAUAUGUGUCUUCCCAACUUUUGUAAAUAUUGUUUAUUCAUAUUAUACAAACUUCCCAAAUAUAAGACUGACCCUUUUGUCUUGUUUUCGUCUCUCUUUGUAACUAUGGUGAAUAUGUAAAAAGCUAUACAAUCUAAUUAGUGCCGACAGGAUAGCUUCAAUUUUCUUUAAAACAAAAUACCUAAUGUAAAAGAAAUAAAACCAAUUACUUAGGGA